ACGUCAUCACUGUUCUCGCAAGUCUCGCGAGAUUGAGGUUUGAGGAAGUUCCACGUCAGUGCACCGUUCAUUGAAGUCGCAACAUUUGGACCCCGAUUACAACUGUUCACACCACAUUUGUCAUAUUUUAUUGUGACGACACGGGGAUAAAACAUGCCUCUGAGGCUGGACAUCAAGCGGCGGCUGACAGCCAGGUCAGACCGAGUGAAGAGUGUGGACCUUCACCCAACUGAGCCAUGGAUGCUGGCCAGCCUGUACAACGGCAGUGUCUGUGUUUGGAACCACGAAACACAGACUCUGGUCAAGACUUUUGAAGUGUGUGACCUCCCUGUCAGAGCUUCCAAGUUUGUGGCAAGGAAGAACUGGGUCAUCACAGGAGCAGAUGACAUGCAGAUUCGUGUGUUCAACUACAACACCUUGGAGAGAGUCCACAUGUUUGAGGCCCACUCUGACUACAUCCGAUGUAUUGCUGUUCAUCCAACCCAGCCGUAUAUUCUCACCAGCAGCGAUGAUAUGUUGAUCAAGUUAUGGGACUGGGACAAGAAGUGGUCGUGCAGCCAGGUGUUUGAGGGUCACACUCAUUACGUUAUGCAGAUUGUCAUCAACCCCAAGGAUAACAAUCAGUUUGCCAGUGCCUCCCUGGACAGGACAAUUAAGGUUUGGCAGCUUGGAUCUUCAUCUCCCAAUUUCACUUUGGAGGGUCACGAGAAAGGUGUAAAUUGCAUUGACUACUACAGUGGAGGUGACAAGCCCUACCUGAUAUCAGGGGCUGAUGACCGCCAAGUCAAGAUCUGGGACUACCAGAACAAAACCUGUGUUCAGACUCUGGAGGGCCAUGCACAGAACGUGUCGUGUGUCAGUUUCCACCCGGAGCUGCCCAUCAUCAUCACUGGAUCAGAGGACGGUACGGUACGGAUCUGGCACUCAAGCACAUACCGCCUGGAGAGCACACUGAACUACGGUAUGGAACGAGUGUGGUGCGUGUGCGGCCUCCGGGGCUCCAACAAUGUGGCACUAGGAUAUGAUGAAGGAAGCAUUAUUAUCAAGGUGGGCCGAGAGGAGCCCGCCAUGUCUAUGGACACCAACGGCAAAAUCAUCUGGGCCAAACACAGUGAAAUACAGCAGGCCAACCUGAAGGCCAUGGGUGAUGCUGAAAUCAAGGAUGGAGAGAGGCUGCCGCUGGCUGUUAAAGACAUGGGCAGCUGUGAGAUUUACCCUCAAACCAUCCAGCAUAACCCCAACGGAAGGUUUGUUGUGGUGUGUGGAGACGGAGAGUAUAUCAUCUAUACAGCUAUGGCUUUGAGGAACAAGAGCUUCGGCUCAGCGCAGGAGUUUGUCUGGGCACACGACUCCUCUGAAUAUGCCAUCAGAGAAAGCAACAGUAUUGUUAAAAUCUUCAAAAACUUCAAAGAAAAGAAAUCUUUCAAGCCUGACUUUGGAGCUGAAGGAAUAUACGGAGGUUUCCUGCUUGGUGUGAGGUCGGUGAAUGGUCUGGCAUUUUAUGACUGGGAAAACACAGAGCUAAUCCGCCGCAUUGAGAUCCAACCCAAGCAUAUCUUCUGGUCAGAUUCCGGUGAAUUGGUUUGCAUUGCUACAGAGGAGUCCUUCUUCAUUCUGCGUUACCUGGCAGAAAAAGUAGCUGCCUCCCAAGAGAACAAUGAAGGAGUGACAGAGGAUGGUAUUGAAGAUGCCUUUGAGGUCCAGGGAGAGAUCCAGGAGAUUGUGAAGACUGGACUCUGGGUUGGAGACUGCUUCAUCUACACCAGCUCUGUAAACAGACUCAACUACUAUGUAGGAGGAGAGAUUGUCACUAUUGCACACUUGGACAGGACCAUGUACCUACUGGGUUACAUACCCAAAGAUGAUCGUCUGUACCUGGGAGACAAGGAGCUCAACAUUGUCAGCUACUCCCUGCUGGUCUCCGUCCUGGAGUACCAGACUGCUGUAAUGAGGAGAGACUUUGGAAUGGCUGACAAGGUGCUACCUACUAUUCCUAAAGAGCAGAGGACCAGAGUGGCACAUUUUCUGGAGAAACAGGGUUUCAAGCAGCAGGCGCUGGCAGUAUCCACAGACCCAGAGCACAGGUUUGAGUUGGCCUUGCAGCUGGGAGAGUUGAAGAUUGCCUACCAGCUGGCUGUGGAAGCAGAGUCGGAGCAGAAGUGGAAGCAGCUAGCAGAGCUGGCUAUCAGUAAGUGCCAGUUUGGCCUGGCCCAAGAGUGCCUGCACCAUGCCCAGGAUUACGGUGGCCUGCUCCUCCUUGCCACCGCCUCUGGUAACGCCACCAUGGUGGGCAAGCUGGCAGAGGGGGCAGAAAGGGACGGCAAGAACAAUGUGGCCUUCAUGACCUACUUCCUGCAGGGGAAACUAGAUCAAUGUUUGGAGCUUCUAAUCAGGACGAACAGACUACCUGAAGCUGCCUUCCUGGCCCGCACCUACCUGCCCAGUCAGGUGUCCCGUGUGGUCAAAUUGUGGAGGGAGAACCUGGCCAAGGUCAACCAGAAGGCAGCUGAAUCCCUAGCAGACCCUACAGAGUAUGAGAAUCUGUUCCCUGGGCUGAGAGAAGCCUUUGCAGCUGAACAUUACCUGAGAGAGUCCUGCUUGGGCACCUCCAGGCCUGCUAAAGACUACCCACUUGUUACACCCAAUGAAGACAGGAAUAUUCUCGAGGAGGCCCAGGGAUAUGAGCCCAAAGGAACCUUCAUUCCUAUGGUCUCCAAGCAGACACCAGACAGUGAAGAGUCCACCUCAGUGGAGUCAGCUCCUGUUGCUGCUGUGACGCCUUUGCAGCCUGAACCUGCUGCUCCUACAGCUGUGGAAAAAGAAGAAGAGGAGGAAGAGGAAGUCCCUACAUUCUCACAGUCAGAGAAAGAUAAGACUCUGGAUGAGCUGGAGGUGGACCUGGACAACAUGGAGCUGGAUGACAUCGACACCACAGACGUUAACCUUGAUGAUGACUUCCUAGAUGAUUGAAACCUGCCACCAGUCUGCUCCUGAGCACUCUUCAGAGCAUAUUUAAGAGAAAGAAAGAGACCAAACUCCCUUUCCCCCCUUUUUUGUAUUUGUACGUAAAAAUAUUAUAUUGUCACGUUCACCUCCUGCAGUGUCAGGGUUUAAAGUAGAAGAUGAUGAUAUCAGUAAUGUUUUAUUCUAAGAAGAAAUGCAGACGGAUCGGAUCUAUUUCAACUUCUUCAUUUUGUACAUCAUUUAUUGAUCAUUUAAGAAUGGCUGACUACCUGUCCACUGGGUGAUCUGUUAUUUACGCUUUGCUUUGUAUUGUCUGUAAUGGCGAAUGAAGUUCCCUCAGUCCAAUAAAUUUUGGUUGCUGUACAUAUUCA